AUGAGGCGCUGCCUGUGCCAAGGGAGCCUAAACGAAGCAAAGUCCGGGGCGCUGCCCGAAGCGGCCCGCAUGGGAUUGGAGGCGGCGCCAGGGGGGCGGCGGCGGCAGCCGAGACUGCAGCGACCGGGAUCGGGCGAUCUGGGCCUGGCGGGGCGGCCGGAGGGGGGCGGGCCCGGGGCCUGGACCGAGAAGUCGGACAUUCACACUGAACCGGAGACCUGUCUCGGGCCUGAGUCGGGUACAGACGGUCCUGGGACAGAAUCCAGGACAGACGGACUGGCUGAAUUCGAGGCAGCUGGCCUCGGAGUUGAGACUGAGAGCCCCAGCUAUAAGAUAGAGCCAGAUAGGUCCUGCCUUCAGACAGGUCCAGAAAGGAACAGCCCAGAGCUGAUGAGGGCCGGUGGUUGGACAGAGACUUUGAGAGAUGGUUUUUGGACUGACCCACAAAGGUCCGACCUCCAGAGGUGCCCAGAGACGGCCGAUCUCUGUACACAGCAAGGGGCUAAUGAGAACUGUACAAAGCUGGAAACAGAUGUGCCUCAGAUCCUGCCAGAAGAGGACAAGCUCUGGACUGAUGGUGUCUUGAUUCACCAGAACAGGCCUCAGGUCCCAACUAAGUCGGAGUGGGACUGUUCCUCAACAGACCCAAGAGCUGAUGACUCUUGGAAAGAAAUGUACGCUGAUGACUCCAGGACACAACAGGAUUCUGAAGGUGCCCGGACAGAGCCACACACAGAGCCUAGCCUUGAUGGUUCCCCAACACAAGAUACUGAUGGCUUCUGGACACAGCCUGGGAAAGACGACAUUUCAGAAGAGCCCAAUGGAGAUGGCCCAAUAGAGGAACCAGAGACUGGGGAACUGGUGACUCACCUGUACUCUCACCUGGAGUGUAGUCCCCUGUGCUCUGUGCCCCGCCUCAUCAUCACCCCUGAGACCCCAGAGCCUGAAGCCCAGCCAGUGAGACCCCCCUCCCAAUUUGAGGGGGGCAGUGGUGGCUUCUCCUCUGCCUCCUCUUUCGAUGAGUCUGAGGAUGACGUGGUAGCCGGGGGUGGAGGUGCCUGCGACCCUGUGGACAGGUCUGGGAACAGACCAUGGAAGAAGCUGAAGACAGUUCUGAGGUAUUCUCCCUUCGUGGUCUCCUUCCGCAAACACUACCCUUGGGUCCAGUUGUCCGGACAUGCUGGAAACUUCCAGGCAGGAGAGGAUGGUCGGAUUCUAAAACGUUUCUGUCAGUGUGAGCAGCGCAGCUUGGAACAGCUGAUGUGUGACCCUCUGCGGCCUUUCGUGCCGGCCUACUAUGGUAUCGUGGAGCAGGACGGUCAGACUUUCAACCAAAUGGAAGAUCUCCUGGCAGACUUCGAGGGCCCCUCCAUCAUGGACUGCAAGAUGGGCAUCAGAACCUACCUGGAGGAGGAGUUGGUGAAGGCACGAGAACGGCCCCGGCCCCGGAAGGACAUGUAUGAGAAGAUGGUGGCUGUGGACCCCGGGGCCCCCACUGCUGAGGAGCACGCCCAGGGUGCUGUGACCAAACCCCGCUACAUGCAGUGGAGAGAAACCAUGAGUUCCACUUCCACUCUGGGCUUCCGGAUCGAAGGCAUCAAGAAAGCCGAUGGGACCUGCAACACCAACUUCAAGAAGACACGGGAGUUGGAGCAGGUGACAAAGGUGCUGGAGGACUUUGUGGAUGGAGACCUUGGAAUCCUGAGAAAAUACUUGGCACGUCUGGAAGAACUUCGAGAAGCUCUGGAGAACUCCCCUUUCUUCAGGACCCAUGAGGUGGUGGGCAGCUCCCUCCUCUUUGUGCACGACCACACCAGCCUGGCCAAUGUGUGGAUGAUUGACUUUGGCAAGACAAUGGCCCUGCCUGACCACCAGACACUCAGUCACCGGCUGCCCUGGGCUGAGGGCAACUGUGAGGAUGGCUACCUCUGGGGCCUGGACAACAUGAUCCACCUCCUGCAGGGGCUGACCCAGAGCUGA